AUACUCGUUGAGCUUUGUCACUUUCAGUUUCAUAAAAGUUUCUGUGAAACAUCAAGAGCUGUAACAGGGUUUGGCUGUAACAAGUGAGCUUUGUGUUUCGGUGUUAGUUACUCGGGGACUAGUGAAGGAUGACCCUGUCCAGAAGGUGUGAGAGUCACCAGGCCGCCACGCCUGCUGGCGGCUGACUCCCCUGCUGUCUGGCCGGGCGGUGCUGCCCAGGUUAGGCAGAGCGCCAGCCGCUGCUCACAGAGGAGACGCUGGCUUCCCAUCCCGGGAUGGCUGUCCUGCCCACCUGUCAACUGGACGUUAUAAAUGAUUUCAGUGGGCCCUGGAUAAGCUUGUCACCCCUGACUUCCUGUUGCUUUCUACUCACUCAGCUGGAGUUUCAUUUCCAGGCUGAGUGUUUUCCUCCGUGACUUUAGAAGCAGCUGUGGUUGGCUGUGCCGACGUUGAAUGCUGAGAACAACUGGGCUCUUCUCUGCUGUUUUCAGCUGGCUGGCUUUCCUCGCCCCUCCAAGCAUUGUAGAAGAAUUCUCUAUGUUUUUAAUCUCCUCUGUUUUUCCCUGAAAGUAUGCUUUGGUGCUUAAAGAGGGAGCACACGUUGCUGGCAAUGAAGAGCUUAAAAAAAUAAAUGAAUAAAGAGAGAAGGCACAGAAGCAUGCCAGUGGUGGUUCCUGGAGAUGAGUGCCACUCUGCCCAGCGGUCUGAGAGAGCACAGGGAUCCCUAAUGCCAUUAAUCUGUGUAUUCGUGUAGCACACGAUUGCUGGGGGCUCCUGUGCCCCAGGGCAUGAGGCACAGUGACAUAUUGGGACAGGUGGAAACAGAACUGAUUCAGGCUCUCUGGGAGCAGCUACCCCCGGGGGCCACUGUGGAUGGACAUUGGGCAGGAGCCCCAGAAGCAUUAGGGGACUUAUGACCAAAGGGGGCAGUCAGAGUGACAGGAGGAGCUGACCCAUGGGGGAGAGCACCAAGGGGGAGAAGAUGGGGGCAGAGUUUGAAUCUCUGGGCCAUUAAUCAUAGUGAUUCUUAAAGUUUUGCUGUUGAUGAUUUUAAAUGGAGAAAAUGAGUAAAUAUUUCCCAGCUCUGUAUAUUGGUUGCCCACAAGAGUAUUUUCCUACAGGGAAUGGUCAUGAAUCCACUUGUUUUAGAAUACCAGGGACAGCAGAGGUGAUGGGGUGGUUACAUUCUUUUCUUACAACUCAAGAACUUAGGUUUUCAGGAAAUUUUCUGAUUUAGGCACUAAACAUGUAACACAGGACUACCCAGAUCCCUCUGUCUUGAUUUGCCUUGAAAGCCAAAGCAAUUAGGAGAAGGUGAGUGAGAAUACAGUAAUUCCAAGAGUUAAACAGAGCAAAAAUCUCUGUUGCUCUUGUACUUAAAACAUGUCUAUCCCACAGGCUCACCCCAAACAUUGUAUUUAGGUGGUUUAUGUGCGCACACUCCAUGCCUGCUGUUAGCCACUGCCGGACAUGUUACCUUCUGUGCUCUUCCUGUUUUGUUCUAGCCCCAAACCCAUUCAAACCCAUUAAAAUCUUUCCUUUGUCCUUCAAAGUGUUUCCAGUGCUCUGCUCUGGAUGUGUUCUCUCACUCUUAGGAUGCCGGGAGAACUUUGCUUUUCCCCCUUGUAUGACUUAACUUUUUCUAACACAUCAUUAAGGGCCUUUGUUUAUCAGAUGAGGCACUUCUUGAAGAAGGGAGGGUGUCUUUGGCCUACCUCUAAUGACUCCCAGCUUUAGCCCAGAGUCUCAUGAUUGCUGGGUGCUCAUAACCUUUUUGCUGAACUGAGGCCCUCACAGUCUCCUUGGCAAGAGAGGGUCCGCUGGUGGACACGCUGGGGAGCUCUCCUUGAGGGGCUGGUAGGCUAGUAAUGUACUGGAAUGCCCGAGAGUGACCUCAUAAAGCAAGGAUUCCCUUCGCGGAUGCUUCUCUGCUGCCUCUGGGAAUUCAGAUGCCGAGGAAAUCCCUAUGUAGAGGUUUUCUGUUGAAUGAUAAAAGCGAGGAAUAAAAAUUGAAAAUUUGGAAAAUGUCUCAAGGCUCAUCAUGCCAGAACCACUUGAAAAUUGUUCUUAGUUCACUGCUUGAUGCUAAGCCGGCGGAUUGCUGUGUGAGAUGCAGAAACUUUAAGAGGAAAGAUGAUGAGUUUCGGGCAUUUGUGAAGAAAUUCAUAAUGAGUCGUCUCUUUCAGUUGGUUAUGAUUAGCUCCAUCUCACUGAAUGCCUUUUUCAUGGUCAUGUGGACCAGUUACAAUCUAAGAUACCGCUUGUUCAAACUUUUGGAGAUGUCGGAGAUCAUCUUUGUGUCCAUCUACAGCUCUGAGUUUGUCAUGAAAGUCUAUGUGGACCCCCUUGGCUACUGGAAGAAUGGCUACAACGUGCUGGAUGUUAUCAUCAUCCUCCUGAUCUUUAUCCCCUAUAUCCUCCGCAAGAUCAAGGGGAAGCACUACCGCUACCUGCACUUUGCUGACGGCAUGCAGUCCCUGCGCAUCCUCAAGCUCAUCCCCUACAGCCGGGGCAUCCGGAGGCUCAUCACUGCCCUCGGGCAGACAGUCUACACCGUGGCCUCCGUGCUCAUCCUGCUCUUCAUCCUGAUGUACAUCUUCGCCAUCUUGGGCUUCUGCCUGUUUGGAGUUCCAGACAGGGGCGACCACGAAAACUGGGGGAAUCUGGCUGCAGCUUUCUUCACCCUCUUCAGUUUGGCCACGGUGGAUGGCUGGACAGACCUGCAGCAGCAGUUGGACAAACGGGAAUUUGUUGUGAGCCGGGCAUUCACCAUCAUCUUCAUCUUGCUAGCCUCCUUCAUCUUCCUUAGCAUGCUAGUGGGCGUGAUGAUCAUACACACUGAGGACUCCAUCAAGAAGUUUGAGCGGGAGCUGAUGCACGAGCACCACACCACGCUCAUGGAGGAGAAGCAGGCGAUUCUGAGGCGGCAGCAGGAGGAGGUCAGCAGGCUGAUGCAGUCACAGAAACAUGUUGACUACAAAAGUUUCGAUGAGCUGAUGGAGAAAUUUAAGAGAACCCUGCGGCACAGGGACCCCAUGGUCUUGGAGGAUUUUGGCACCAGCUUACCCUUCAUCAAUGUCUACUUUGCCACUCUGGAUAACCAAGAUGCUACUAUGUACAAGCUUCAAGAGCUCUACUAUGAGACUGCGCAUGUGCUGGGCCUGUUGCUCGAAGACUUGCCCCAGAAGAAGGAGGGCCAGCCCUUGUAGAACAUCUACGUGCUGUAGCUGGGCAUGGACGCUCAGGCACCCAGGGUGCCGCAGGCUGCGACAGGCCCCCAUUAAACACAGGCUUCCUGA